CCUCUCUUUUUGGUUGCAAGUAGGAAGCUUUUUGCACUCCACCACCUCUGGCCGCUGGGAAGACGUCAUCGCUUCCGCCCUACUUCCUCCUCCUGUUGGCGGCGCUGAGAAUCCAAUAUGGAGUAAAUCGGUGGAGUCGUGAGAUGGGGUUCGGACGGGGCGCCCUGCACCGCCUCCCAGGCGCACCUCCCCCGGCCGCCGAGCACUACCCGGAACCCUGAUUGGCCCGGUCCCUGGGGGCGACCCCGGCCUGGCCCCACCACAGUCGGCCGUCCGCCCGCCCGCCGCCCCGAGCGUGCUUGUUUUUCUGCUGCUCUCCCCCUCCGGGUCCCCUUCCCAAAUCUCGCCCUUGCGCUCAUUCGGAGCCCGGGGGCCGCGCCCGCCUGGCCUGUGGCGUCCACUGCCCGGUGCACCCCUUCCUAGACCUCGUCCUGCGCUCGGGGAGCCCCGUUUCCCCGUCUGCCUCGGCGCCCCCUUCAUCUCUUGCUAACCCCUCCACCACCAAAUCAGGAGAUGUCGGAGAUGUGAAGAAGGGGGGCGAGCGCACAGGAAGAUGAAGGGAGCCAGGCUGCCCGCCGCGGGACAGGCGUCUAGGUGAACAAGAAAAUGACCGAAGAAACACACCCGGACGAUGACAGCUAUAUUGUGCGUGUCAAGGCUGUGGUUAUGACCAGAGAUGACUCCAGCGGGGGAUGGUUCCCACAGGAAGGAGGAGGGAUCAGUCGCGUUGGGGUGUGUAAGGUCAUGCACCCUGAAGGCAAUGGACGAAGCGGCUUUCUCAUCCAUGGUGAACGACAGAAAGACAAACUGGUGGUAUUGGAAUGCUAUGUCAGAAAGGACUUGGUCUACACCAAAGCCAAUCCGACGUUUCAUCAUUGGAAGGUUGACAAUAGGAAGUUUGGUCUUACUUUCCAAAGCCCUGCAGAUGCACGAGCCUUUGACAGGGGCGUGAGAAAAGCCAUUGAAGACCUUAUAGAAGGGUCAACAACCUCAUCUUCCACCAUUCAUAACGAAGCUGAGCUAGGAGAUGAUGACGUUUUUACAACAGCUACAGACAGUUCUUCUAAUUCCUCUCAGAAGCGGGAGCAGCAUGCAAGGACGAUCUCUUCCCCGACAUCAUGUGAGCACCGGAGGAUUUAUACCCUUGAUCCCUACCCCAUAGACCAUUACCACCCCGACCAGCGGCUACAGAGAUCCUUUCCAGAGGACGAUGAGGAAAUCGUACGUAUCAAUCCUCGGGAGAAGAUCUGGAUGACCAGUGGCUAUGAGGAUUACCGGCACGCGCCACUGCGCGGAAAAUACCUAGAUACGGCAGAAGAUGUAGACUCCUCCUAUGUGCGCUUUGCCAAGGGCGAAGCCACCAAACAUGACUAUAAUUACCCCUAUGUGGACUCCUCGGACUUUAGCUUCGGCGAAGAUCCUAAAGGCCGCGGGAGGAGCAGUGUGAUCAAGACGCAGCCAGCCAAGGGCAAGUCCCGGCGGCGAAAGGAAGACGGCGAGCGCUCGCGCUGUGUGUAUUGCAGGGACAUGUUCAAUCACGAGGAGAACCACAGGGGCCACUGCCAGGAUGCACCUGACGCUGUGAGAACUUGUAUCCGCCGCGUGAGCUGUAUGUGGUGUGCAGACAGUAUGCUUUACCACUGUAUGUCGGACCCCGAGGGAGACUACACGGACCCUUGCUCGUGCGACACCAGCGACGAGAAGUUUUGCCUCCGGUGGUUGGCACUUAUUGCCUUGUCUUUCUUGGCCCCUUGUAUGUGUUGUUACCUUCCGCUUCGAGCCUGUUACCACUGUGGAGUGAUGUGCAGGUGCUGUGGCGGGAAGCACAAAGCCGCUGUGUGACUCAUUUCCCGCUCUCCUCCUCUUCCAUCCACAGCCACUUGUCUCUUGCAUACCCCCCAUCUUCUCCCCAGCUCCCUUCCAACUCCAAAGGGCGAGGCCGAGGAGGAA